UCUUCCUCCGCCACUUAAAUGACAGGGUCUCAAGUUUAGUGAAGACCUCGCGGGUCCACGGGUUUGCUCUGAAUGCGCCCUGUGAGAAGCCGAGUAGCUGGACUGCCUGUGAAAUGUUAGGAAACGCAGGUUUCCCAAAGGCGCCAAUGGUCCUUGACAGUAACGCUGGUUCCUGCGCGGCGGCCAGCAUUGCUGAGACUCCGGGAACCACGGGCUCUGGAAGCCUUGGGGCUGGGCACGGUGUGACCUAUGAGUGGCCCUGGCUUCUCUGCGUCCUUGUCUGUGCCUUUCCUACGUGUGGUUGAAGACAAGCCUGUGGUAAACCGGGAGGAUUGCAGUUUUCUUUCCCGGGACCCAGUGCUGGCUGCGUGUGCGCAUGCUCUGUGCAGCGUAGCUUCAGCGGGCGGAAGUCAGGCGGAAGUCAGGUGGAAGGCCGCAGUUUCGUUUCUCUUCUGUUGUUAGGUCGUCGUCCCUCCUGGCGCUGUUAGCCGUACCGACGGGUUCUUUUUUUUAACAUUAUAUUUGACAUACGGCAUCAGGGCAGCUGCCUCAGUUUCAGUCUGGGAAGCCUUUAAAUGAAACUUGCUUAAAGUCUGAGAUCAGUGACAGCAGAGAGACCCCUGUCAGCAGCACAGUGGAAAAGAAGGAUGUUGUCCUUAAACAACUUGCAGAGUGUCGUCAGUAACCCGGUAAUCCCCUAUGUUGGGACUAUAUCUGAGCAGUUGGAGCCUGGAACUUUGAUUGUAAUUCGUGGGCACGUUCCUGCUGAUUCAGACAGGUUCCAGGUGGACUUCCAGAGUGGCAGCAGUGUGAAACCCCGAGCCGAUGUGGUCUUUCACUUCAAUCCACGUUUCAAAAGGGCCAACUGCAUUGUUUGCAAUACUCUGAAAAACGAAAAGUGGGGGCGGGAAGAGAUCACCUAUGACAUGCCUUUCAUGAAAGAAAAGUCUUUUGAAAUUGUGAUUAUGGUGCUGAAAGACAAGUUCCAGGUGGCUGUAAAUGGAAAACAUACACUGCUCUAUGCCCACAGGAUUAGCCCAGAGAAAAUAGACACUCUGGGCAUUUAUGGCACAGUGAACAUUCACUCAGUUGGCUUCAGCUUCAGCUCGGAUUCAAGAAGUAGCCCAGCACCAACCCUGGAACUGACAGAGAUACGUCCAGAAAAUGCACAAAAUGCUGGUGUGUCACAAUUUCCUAGUAAUAGAGGAGACACUGGUAAAAUCGUACCCAGAACUGUCUGCACCAAGAGCAGAGAUUCGACUGCCAAUCUCACUUUGACUUGCACCAAAAUACUACCUAUCAACUCUUUGUCAAAGACUCUGCCAUUCGUGGCAAGAUUGAACUGCUCCAUGGGCCCCGGGCGGACUGUCGUCAUUAAAGGAGAAGUGAAUGCAAAAGCCAAAAGCUUCAAUGUUGACCUACUAUCAGGAAAAUCAAAGGAUAUCGCUCUCCACUUGAACCCACGCCUGAAUAUUAAAGCUUUUGUAAGAAAUUCUUUUCUUCAGGAGUCCUGGGGAGAGGAAGAGAGAAAUAUUACCUGUUUUCCCUUUAGCACUGGGAUGUACUUUGAGAUGAUCAUUUAUUGUGAUGUUAAAGAAUUCAAGGUCGCGGUAAAUGGUGUUCACUGCCUGGAGUACAAACACAGAUUUAAAGAGCUUAGCAGUAUCGACACACUGGAAAUCGAUGGAGAUAUCCACUUGCUGGAAGUAAGGAGCUGGUAGCUGGCAUCAUUGCAACAAAAACUAAAAUACAGAAUGGCUGAUGUGACACUGGCCUUGUAAAAUGCAUUGCACAAUCAUAUUGUCUAUAUAUUGUAAAAAUGAGCUCACACAGCGUUUGUCCUACUGGGUGUUCUCAGUCAUGCAGUUGGGGCUUUGCCUAGCACAGAAGGAGGAUAUUCCAGACAACAGCAACUUACCCAUUACUCAGGCCUUGCCACUGUCUUCCCCACCCAGUCUGUUGUUUAUAACCCACUUCGCAUUCAGGAAGUACUUGGGAAGUGCCUGCUCUACUAUAGUAGCUAACACACAUUGGGCACUUACCUUUGUCAGCACUGCACUGGGAGCUGGGGGUGUACAUACAGUGGUGCUCAAAGCCAUGUUCCCCAUACUCUUGAGCUUGGAAUCUUCUGUGAUCUGCUCUUGUGCCACUGUUUCUUCUGCAGGUUAGUUUAAACUCACCAGAGACUUGAAAGUACCCAGCUACUAAUUCACCUAAAGACUAACUGAUAGAGGACACUCCUGUCCUGGUGACCACAUUCUUAAGGAGGCUUCUUUCCUAUCCCCAUAGAUGAGGAGUUGAUACUAAUAUCUGGCAGUUUCCUUUAGCACAAUAAACAUCUAGCUCUGCUAGCUGUAAGCAUUACCAAAGAAUGAACAGUGUGAAAUCUGAACACAACUCGAAGAUCAGUGCAAAAAAACCCCAACACAAACAAGCAAAACCAACAAAAACAAAUGGUGCAGACAGUGUUGAAAUUAACUUGAUGUGAAUCACAGGGCUAUUGACUUCUGUACCAGUAAGUGAUUAUUUUAGAAUGUAUGAAUUUAAGGUGUCCAAGGUCUGCAUGUACCUCUACAGAGAGUUUAAGGUAGAAACAAGAGGAAUUGAAUUUGCAGAUGUUUAUGGGUAAUGAAGCAAAAUCAAGCGUUGAUUUAAUGAUUGCUUAUGAAAUAGGUGCUAUCAGAAAGUAAAGUAUACUGACCGAGACCAAAAUAGACAGAGGCAUAGCACCCGUUGGUUCUCUACAUGCAAAGCAAAACUGCCUCUCCGCCGUUCUCAAGAUUAGCCCAUGGUCAUUAGCCUGAGAUCAAAACAUUGUUCUACUUCAAGUGAUUAAAAUCAAACUUGUAUCAGCAAGCUAAA